UAACAUCUCUAUGGGACGUAAGCGAUCCACCAAUAGCCAACGAGCACGGGCGUGGUCUAACAACCUCGAAGCCUGCGUAUGGUUAAGACCUCGGGGUGGAACACUGUGGCACAGUGUUUUAUUUUAUGUGAAUCACUGGAAGGGGUUGCUAGAAUUCCACCGCGAUCCACCCCAACAUCAGUACAAAAUCUAGAGACUAUCGCAUUGAGGUAUAUAUCUAUACAAUAUAUUUUUCUGCUUUAUCCCCCUCUGCUUAUUGUAGUGAUAGUCCAUCCUUACUGUUCUAUUUUACUGCCAACGCCUAUAAGUUGCUUGAAUCAGAUUCUCUACGUUCUCGCAGCAACUGUUGACGAUGAGAUAUUGUACAAAUAUGGUCUAAUAUGUAUCUAUAAGUUAAUAUCAAUGUGAUUGAUAAGAUACAUUCUAAUUUCAGCUAGUUAAAGUUCAGCUCUUCAUUUCAAAGUAUCGUAAAUUUUCAAUUGGUAUAAGUCAUGUGUAUUCAAGUGUAGUGACAUAUUGUUGGAAAAAUUCUUUUAAAUUUAUAAACUUCGUUAAUAUUGCAGUGAAAACGUAUUUACGGUAAUGUUUGAGGUUUUUUUUUAAUAUAAGAAGAAGUUGUUUAAGUCAAAAGAUUUAAUAUCCCGAUCGGUGGUUGGCCGGUAUUUAUGACGAAUGAAACAUUCCGAUGUUGCGCGAAAAAAGCAUUGCGCAUUCACCGCUGAAAAAGUUUACUCUUUACAUAUAAAGAAGUAUAGCUCAUCUACAGUUAGUUUUUUAGCUUUUUGCUUUUUUAUCGUAAACAUUAAUGGUGAAGUUAUUUUUUCGGUAGCAAUGAAACUGCGGACUUGUCAGUGCUUUUAAUCUCGUAUUGAUGAACUGAAAUAAUACGAUACUGCAAAUUUUUGGUGUUUAGUAAUACUAUACGUGAUUCACAUUAAAUCAAUUGAAAUGUCAUUACCACGAGGAGUUGGUCUGGGAGUUGAUGUUGGUCAAUUAAUGCAACAUCAGCAACAACAGCAACAGCAUCACGUGUUGCCAGCUGCUUUUUUUCUUCGAGCUAGUGCCGAACGUUAUCAGAGGACACCAAAGUGUGCCAGAUGUCGUAAUCACGGAGUUGUUUCUGCACUCAAAGGACAUAAACGUUAUUGUCGAUGGCGCGAUUGCGUUUGUGCCAAAUGCACACUUAUUGCUGAACGUCAACGAGUAAUGGCUGCUCAGGUUGCCUUAAGAAGACAGCAGGCCCAAGAAGAAAGUGAAGCAAGAGAACUUGGUCUUCAAUUGCAGUAUAACAACGGUAAUUGUCCAACUGGCUCCAUAAUAUCCACACCUUCGACGGCCCCACCAUCAACCGGUAGUCCACCACAUCCAACUCAUGUUCCAAGUCCGGCUGAUCUAGCUAUUGCUGCUGCUGCAGCCCAGAUACAAACCCAAUUACAUCCGCAACCCGACUGUAGUCUUCUUCAACGGAUGAGGGUUCAAGCUGAUGACUACCGAGAUGUGAAAACAGAAUGCAGUUCUAUAGGUUCGUUAUCAGGUUCCAAAAGAUUAAGAUUGUCAAUCAAUGAUUCAAGUAAUGAAGAUCAAGACUCCGACUCACUUGAUGCUCGUGAAUCUUCUAAAGCAAGAUCACGUUCGAGAUCUCGUUCACGUUCACUUUCUGCAUCUUGUACUCCUCAUAUCAAUACAUCAACAAACUCAAAUAUAGGUGCUAUGGUUACAGACACUGAUUCAAUAGUAGGGAUGAAACAAGAAAAUAGUGUUCAUGAUUCUGACGAUGGAAGUACUGGACCUACUAGCCUAAGUCCAUCGCAUACUCCAUCGUUAACUUCUGCUUUUACUCUCCAAAGAAAUGACACACCAGCACCGGAAAACUUAAGUCUCCGGAAAACAGCUAGUCCAAUUCAAAUACCUUCUCAAACUGUUUCUCAAGCUGUUAAUCUUGUACAGACUCGAUAUAGCCCGCCACCUUCAUCGUUAACGGCUGCAGCUGCCCAUUUUACACCUUAUUUAUCUCUUUAUGGACCAACUGCAAGUUCACUUUAUUGUUCACCAACACUUUAUCAGCACCAACAUCAUCAUCAUUUAGCUGAACCACGAGAUAUGCAAAUGCAGAUGCAAAUGCAGAACGUUCAACAAUCUUGCAGUGUACAAGUUCAACAACAAAAACAACAACAACAACAACAACAACAACAACAACAACAACAACAACAACAACAACAACAACAACAACAACAACAACAACAACAACAACAACAACAACAACAACAACAACAACAACAACAACAACACCAACAACAACAACAACAACAACAACAACAACAACAACAACAACAACAGCAGCAGCAAAGGUCACCAAUAGAUGUUUUGCUUCGAGUAUUUCCUGGAAGACGCCGAGCUGAUGUUGAAGCUCUUCUUCAUCGUUGCAAAGGUGACGUAGUAUCAGCAAUGGAAGUUUUAGUUUGUGAAGAUAGUCUCCAACCGAAAUCUGCGUUUUCGCCUCUUGUUGGUGCCUUAGCAUCUGCAGCUGCAGUGUCUGCUGCUUCAGCUGCAUCGGCUAGUAACUAUACCUCACGAGCUGCUUAUUGUGGUCCAAGUCCUCCAACGCGACAUCGAUUCCUUGCAGCUCCUUAUGCAGGUACAGGUUAUCUGCCAACUGUUAUUAGACCACCAAAUCAAACAAAUCAUUCAAAUGGCACAAGUGAAGUCUACCGAGAAACCAGUCCCGACGAUGCCAGUGAUAAAACCAGUUACUCCGAGUGACCUAGUGAAUUUAUUCAUUAUACCACAUGGUCUUAUACAUAAUCUGGAUACACUGACUCAUUAACAGUGCAACAUAUACAAUCUACUUAUUUUAACGAAAUUGCAAAUUAUUUGAAACAAUAAUCAAAGGACUUCCAAAGAAGCCUUCAAAUAAUUAUAUUAUCCAUGUCCAGAGAUGUAUACUUUAUGUGAUUAGAUGAUUAAUAUAUGUACGCAUCAAAAAUUUUUUGAUUAAUGUUUCAUAGGUAAAUCAUUGUAUUUUAGGAAAAAUAAACUA